UGUGACCAGUUGGAUCAGCAAAACUCUUUCUUACACGAAAUUUUUCGCUUGGCAGAUAUGCAUUACUGUGACCCAUAACAUCUGAAAAUGACGGAAGAAGGAGCAGUCGAAAAGAAAAAUUACUAUGCUCUCUAUGCAUACAGUCCACAAAGCAGUCCAGAUAAUAGUGGGGAUAAUCAGCAGAGCCAGACCACUGAAAACGUAGGAUUUAGUUUGUCUCAUGUUCUGAGUGAUCUCCCAGACUCCAUAGAGCCUGACCUCUCCCAGUUCCUGUUCAGUAAGAUCUCGAAGGGUUUACUCUACAAUGAUGCAGGCAGCAUCGCUUCCUUUGUGUACAGCGAGGGUGAACUACAAAGAGAGAUGUCCUGUUAUUUCUGUAUGUUGAGUGGAGCAGACACCAGUAACGUUGACAUCAACCUCGGGAGCGGAGACUCGGGUAAAGACACGAGUACCAAGUCCCACAUCGUAUGCUUCCUCACACUCCACGACAACAUGCUAGAUCAUUUCAGACAUGAAUUGGAUCUGUAUGCUUUGGGACUCUUUAAAUUCUUAGAGCAAGAAAAUGAAGCCCAGGUGAAGGUUUACCUGGAGAAUUGGUCGUAUGAGACAACGGAGUACCUCUGUAGAACCCUGUCAGCUGUAGGACAGGACGUCAAGUACCUGGUGUAUGCUGCACUGAUGGAUGCCCAGGUUAUAUUUGAUGGAGUGGAGAGCAGUCUACAGCAGGAUUUACUCAAGUUUGUGAAGUCGUGCAGUUUGGCGGAUAUGCUGAGACAGACUGGAAGCCCCCUUUCUGGAAGUCUGGAUAUGCUGGCAGAUCUCAAUGUUCAGAGCUCAGAUGACAAAAAGACAACAAUUCAGAUUAAAGCUGUUGAUGGCAGUCUCAAAUUCACCCCAGAAUAUUGUACAAGAUUCUGUGAAGAUUGGAGUAAUUCAGUAAAUAAUUCAAAAACUGAGAACCCAGGACUGAUUAGACAGGUGAUAGAGGCAGGUAAACUAAAGUACACACAGAGUAUAAACAUGAUGAAAAGAUUGAUGAUGCAAGCAGAAAAUGACUUUUAUGCAUUAUACAGGGCUUAUCUGUUCCUGAAGAACUCUGGGAAUUGUGAAAUUCUUCUGAAUUGUGCUCACCUUGACUCUAUGCCAGAGACCUACAAUGUGUUUAAAUGUCUGGAGGAGUUUGUUAGAGAAACUGGUGUGAGGUAGAAAUAGUGUUCUUAUUAAUAAAGAUGUACAUUAUGUA